UGGGGUUUCUAUACGAAAAUUUAUCAGAGGCUUGAGACAGUGACACACACAUACAUUGUCAUCUUUCAAGCUCUAUGUCAGUCCCAUCAGUUUCUAUAUUUUCGUUACUGCACAUUCCCAUUUUUCAUUAUUACUCAUCAAUAAAAGGAAUCAGGAGUUACUGCACUUCACACCGGAUCACGAAGAGGAGAGAGUAUUUAUUUCAAGUGUUAUUAUUUGAAGAAUAAAUUGGAUAAAAAAAUUACAAUACAUAUACUUCAGGAUCAUGGCGGAUGGGGAAUAUAAUUUUGCAUGUCUCGUGAUGGUCUCGAAGAUGGUGAAAAUCAUGAAAGAGGAAUCAAAAUUGAUUUGUAAUUGAAACGAAAAAGUGGAAGAAGAGGGUAUGAGUGAACUUCAUUGGCCAGAUAAUCAUAAGACAUUUAUGUCCAUCGAGAGCAUUGGAUUGAUUUUGGAGUACAUUUGGGAUUGCCUUCGAUUGAAAUGUCACUCGAGUAAAUAAUUUUCAAUAAUCAUCUCACCAAAAAAAAAAAGAAUAAACGAAAGACAGAGAUAUGACUGGGAAGACAAGAACAAAUGGCAGAAAGGGCCCAUACAUAUUAUACAAGCGGAAUGUAUCAAUCAGCUGAUCGAAAGUGUUGUUAAGACAUGUGAAAAUAAUCACUGAUUACAUCGCUCUCACACGUCGGCAAGAAAAUAUUGAAUAGCCGUCGUUUUAUCCCGUGUGACCUGAACGCGAGGCCUACAUCAUUUCUAAUAGAAUUUCAGGAUAAUUGUGGUAUUUAUUGGUAACUGGAGGUCAAUUGAGGAUGGGAAAUAAAAAUAGCUGUUGUGGUUAUUCGAGUCCACAGCGGGAGAGAAAACAGUUGGGGAGUGAUGGAGGUACCAGAGGAUUGGAGGAGCAUCUGCCAGAAGGUGAAUUUAGUGUAACAAAUUUACAGCACAUUAGUGAAAGAGAGCCUGAGGACUGGGACUCUGAUCCCUCGUUACAUCCAUGUGCUGGCACUAUUUUUAUGGAGAGAUCAAAGCAAGCCAUAGAGAACGGAAUGGUGAGGAAGAAGAGCCAGCAUCAACUAGCGGAUACGAGACCUCUGAAGAAAAGCAGCAGCUGUAGUACUAUUUACUUGGAUGACAGCACAGUCUCCCAACCGAAUUUGAAGAAUACGGUGAAAUGUGUGGCUCUUGCUAUUCAUUAUCAUAUUAAGAAUCGAACAUCCCAGAGACAAAUUGAUAUUUUCGAUGAGAAAGUUCACCCAUUGACUAGGGAUGGCAUUGCAGAUGACUACGACAAACACAAUCCCGAGCAUAAACAAAUUUAUAAAUUCGUAAGGACCUUAUUCAAUGCCGCACAACUGACAGCUGAAUGUGCCAUUAUAACUCUGGUUUACCUCGAGCGUUUGUUGACGUAUGCUGAGAUUGAUAUAACACCAGCUAAUUGGAAACGCAUCGUCCUGGGUGCGAUUCUCUUAGCCUCCAAGGUAUGGGAUGAUCAAGCCGUCUGGAAUGUUGAUUAUUGUCAGAUUCUCAAGGAUAUCACCGUCGAGGAUAUGAACGAACUCGAGAGGCAAUUCCUCGAAAUGCUUCAGUUCAACAUCAAUGUACCAUCGAGUGUUUACGCUAAAUAUUACUUCGACCUUCGUACUCUGGCCGAAGCUAAUGAAUUGACAUUUCCCAGUGAACCACUGAGCAAGGACAAGGCACAGAAACUUGAAGCAAUGUCACGGGUUUAUGAAGAUAAAGUGACGACUGAGGCACUACAAAAUGGAAUAAAAAAAUGGUCAAGUCUUGAUAAUGUUUGUAUGGGUGGUCCAAGGCGCAGUAUCGCCAUUCUCUCUUAAAAUGCCAAAUCUCUUCUCAUUUCUUUUUUAAUGCCAAUAUUAUUAAUACUAUAAUGACGAAAGAGAUACAUCGACAUUCCAUCAUUUGAGGACAAAUGUAGUGUGAGCUAUUGCCCAGAUACUGAACUCUAUAUCUGCCGACGAAAGUGAUUUAUCUAAUUACCAAUUCUAGUGGAGUGAAAGAAUGAUAACGUAUGGGAAUACGAUCCACAGCUGCGAUUUUUUAACUGCGAUAAUUCGUGUCAGUGAUACUAAUCGUCCAUAAGUAAACUGCAUUCACGCCAACUGAUUAGCUAUUUGAUUUUUUUAUAAUAAUGUCAUUGUAUGAUUCGCUUUUUAUACACCUAGUAAAUGUUUUAUUCCACUUUUACAUCAUCUUGUCAUCAGAUGUUUUUAUUCGACGCAUUAUUUCGUUUGGAUUAUUUAAGCGAUUCUAUUGGCGUGGAAGAGAUUAAUAGAUUUUAAUAAACGAAACUCAUUAUACGAGAUAGAUGAGAGUCGUCCAUUUCGUCUUGAGGUUUUACAAGUCUACCAGGCAAAUAAAAAAACAAUUAUUCAUCUUUCCUUAAUUAAUCUUUUCGUCAAUUUCAUGAUUAUUUUUCAUUCACUCGAGAGUAUUAUUUUCCAAUGAAUGUUAUAUGAAUUUUAUACAUUGUGAAUUAAUCCUCAGAUGAAAUGGUCUUGAUGACGAAAUUCUCCUUCUCUAUCUGUAUAUAUUUUUGUAAGAGACAAUUUCAGAUAAAUAUUCAAGCAGACCCUGUUAUUUUUUUGUCAUUUGAUUUGUUCUCAGAUUGAAGCAAAGCGUGCGCAUAAGUGACAAGUUAAAUAUAGGAAUUAUUGAGAAACUCAAAUCCAAUAUCAAAUAGAAAAUAUUCUUAAAUCAAGAUUAUUAUAUUUGAUUAGAGAAUAUUUUUAUCUGUCGCGCAUAGUAACGAAACUGUCAAGUGACAAAUAGAAGUUAAAAAUCUCAGAGCGUUACACAAUUUAUUGCAUUUGCCUCAGAGAAUUAUCUCCUCGAAAAAGGCAAUUACAAUCGUAAAUAUCGAUAUCUCGUCUGUCGAUAUUUAGUACGCAUAAUCAAUAAGUUGCGCCAAUGUUGAUGUAAGGAUUUUUACUUUUAUUUAUACGUAUUAAACGAUCAAUAAGUGACGAAAGAGUAAACUAAAAUAAGAAAGAACUUAGGGGGAAAAAACUGAAUUUGUACUUAUGGCGAAUAAGUUGACUUACGAAUUAUGAUUCUACAAAUUUAUUAUACUAAAUGAGUAAAAUAAAAUAAAAUAGAUUAUUAUAA